AUGGGCACUUUUGGGCCAGGCUGCCUGAAGAGGUGCGAUUGUGUCCAUGCCGACGGCUGCCAAGCCGCCACCGGGGAGUGCCGCUGUCUGCCAGGCUGGUGGGGUUCCCGCUGUAGCGAGCCGUGCUCAGAGGGCAUGUGGGGGAGCCACUGUAACCAGACCUGUUUCAAGCAUUGCCCCAACAGCGAAACGUGCAUUAGGGAAACUGGAGAGUGUGUGUGUCGUCCAGGCCACUGGGGAGUCACCUGUCAGAACAAAUGCCGAGCUGGUAAAUACGGAGAUCAGUGCAGCAUGUCCUGUCCGUCCUGUGCGGAGUCGUACCGCUGCCACCAUGUGACAGGAGAGUGUGACUGCCUGCCUGGAUACACGGGACACAACUGUGAUCAAGUUUGCCCGUCUGGCUUCUUUGGCAAACAGUGUUCUGAGGUGUGCGGAAACUGUGCCAACAACUCCACAUGUGACCACAAGGACGGUCACUGUGAGUGUUUGCCUGGCUGGACCGCGACUGACUGCUCCAAACCCUGUAGUCCAGGUCGGUUCGGAUCGUUCUGUACUCAGACCUGCUCCUGUCCCAACGACCUCAUCUGUGACCGAUUCACCGGAGACUGCAUUUGUGAGAGUGGAGACGACGACUGCAAACAAGACUCGUCCGAGCAGACGGGCAGCGUCAUGGUCCCUCUUCCUCCUGGUGAGCGGGAGUCGUGGGGGGCCAUCAGCGGCAUCGUCGUGCUCGUCAUCCUGGUGGUGCUGCUGCUGGCUCUGCUGCUCCUCUACCGCCGCAGGCAGAAGGACAAGCAGAACAACACGCCGACGGUUUCCUUCUCCACCAGCCGCACCGUCAACUCCGAAUACGCUGUUCCAGAUGUUCCUUACAGCUACCACCACUACUACUCCAACCCCAGCUACCACACGCUGAGCCAGAACAGGCCUCCGCUGCCGCACCUCCCCAACAACCACGACUGCACCAUCAAGAAUACCAAUAACCAGCUGUUCUGCAGCGUGAAAAACAUGGAGCGGGAGAGAGGGGGGCUGUUUGGGGUUGAGAGCAACGCGACGCUGCCGGCCGACUGGAAACACCACGAGCCACGCAAAGACUCAGGAGCUUUUGGAAUCGAUCGGAGCUACAGCUACAGCGCCAGCCUUGGAAAAUAUUACGGCAAAGAGCUGAAGGACAUGGCGGCGGCGAGCAGCAGCUCUCUGAACAGCGAGAACCCUUACGCCACCAUCAAAGACCUGCCGGGCCUUCCCUUCUGCCCCCCCGAGAGCAGCUACAUGGAGAUGAAGUCCGCCGUCCCCAGAGAGCGAGCGUACACCGAGAUCAGCCCGCCGCCGUUCAACACGGCCACCUUACACAGAGAGCGUCAGAGCUCCCUCGGCCACUCUUCACACGAGGACCCGCAGAGCCACUACGACCUCCCUGUGAACAGCCACAUCCCGGGACACUACGACCUGCCACCAGUCCGCCGCCCGCCUUCCCCCACCCCGUCCCCCAGGAGAACACCUCAGUGACGCUCUGCUCCCUCCUCUUCCUCACCCCGGGGGGGGGGUGGUGGUGGUGAUUUCCUGUGCUGUCAAGGAAAGAGCAAACCUCGUGCUCUGCUCUGACAAUCAGAGCUGUUGACCUGCAGCUACAGAGCAGCAGCCAGGGGGCGUCCGUCCCACUGAGGAACUAUUGUUUGCUGUGGAUGCCCCCCCCCCCCCCCCAUGUUUUUAACUCAACAUUGCCCCUCUGUGGGCUGAGGUGGUACAUGCUUCACCGUGACAGACCUGUCAUCCAGUGUGGGGAGCCAGCAGCCUGCAGUGAGGAAGACUCUUAGCACCAAAGACCUUCACAGUCAAACUGAACUCAUCCAAACAUGCUGUAAAUGAAGUUUGCUCGCCACUGAUCAGCUGUUGUACAUGUUCGAUGCCCCUCCUUCCAGCAGAGAUCUCACGUUUCUGCUUAAUACUGUCAUGGAUUGAAGAUUUCAUUUGUUUUAAAAUUUAAACCAGCUGGCAGCUUUGAUUGAACUUCAUCUGGACUUCUGCUCCUUGUUAAACCCUUUUAUGAAAAACUUUUACAGAUGCGUGGGUUCAUGUCUUACCCGGAAAAACCAAAUCAUCGUUACAGAUGAACGACCAAAAAGCAUUUCUGUAUCAUAUCAGCCGAUGUCAGUUUCAAUAUUUCAUCACCAGAAAGUCAAGAGUAACAGCAUUUUACAAUUAAUCCAUAUAUCGCUUCUUUUUUUUAUUUUUAAACAAACGUGGCAUUUAGAGACACUCGUGUGUCUCACCUCCUGCUGCUGUCAGAUGAAACCUUUGUAAAUAUAGAAUGAAAUAUAUUGUUGUCCACGGGGAUUUUGAAAUGAACGUGUUGUUCGAGAUAUCAUUUACAUUUAUGAAUAGAUACCAAAGGUCAGUGUGAACAUUGUGACAAUCAAACCACGGUCCAAACCAAAGCAAAGCAGCAAAAUGAAUGUUAACACAGAGUUCAGCAGUUUUUUAUUCAAACAACACAUUCACACAAAAUACAGUUUUAUAAAGUUUAUUAAUGUUUUUGAGAAAUUUCAGCAUGAACAGUUUUUAUCUCGUAUAAGCAUCAGCAUAGAUAAAUAGAAAUGUGGUUAUUGAUUUUUAUUCUUUAUUCUUUCACUGGGGUGAGCACCACAAGUUAACUUCCCUUUACCUGAAUAAGAUAAUUCAAAAACUAAAACAAUCUGAAUUAGAUGAUGCCACACAUGACAACAAUAUCUUUAUAAAAUGGAUUAAUUUAAUUGUUCAAUCAGCCAAUCACUCAUUUUGCUGAAGAUCCAUGAAUUAGUCUUGAAAAUAUCAUAAAAUUGCAAUAUUAAGGAAAGUGAGAAAAAACUCUUGGGACCUCACCCCUCCGACAAGUUUGAAGAAAAUCCGUUCCGUCAUUUUUGCUGUAAUCCUGCUGACAAACAAACGAGGGAUGAAAACUCAACCACAAGAAAUCCGCAGAUCUGCUUUUCAGUGUGUCAUUUUUUUUUUACUAUGUCUGUUUUCGUUCACCUGAGUGUCGUGUUGCCUUUAAAUCAUUUUCACAACGUUUGUCGUCUUUUAAUCGAUUCUGAGUCAAAGCUUCGUUAUCCGGUCAGAUAACAGAAACCCUGUUUACCACAGAGAAUGUACGUUGAGCUUGAAACGCUGUAGGUUGGUGUAGAGCUUCAGCUUUUUUAAAAACACAUGACCAUAUAUUUUUGAAUGUAACCAUGGGAACAUGUUGUGUAUAUACUGUAAAUAAAAAUGGCUGCACCUUUGAUCAGUGACUGUGGAAUAAUGGAGGGAAUGACCACGGACAGCGAGGGAGAGAAGAAAAGAGUUUUACUCUUUUAUUUCUAGAAAACAAAAGACAUUCAUGACAUCAACUGAAUACAUGGCUUUUUCCAUAAUCUUAAUAGUCAUUAUCUGAAACAAAUCCCACUUCAAUCUAAUUAUAACUUUGGCAUUAAACACUCGUAACAAGAAAUCCCUUUUGGCAACAUUCAAAUCCUCAAGUCCUUCAAAUGAUUCACGAGGCCUCACGAGGAUUUUUUUUUACAAAGGCCUUUCAAGUGUUUGAGUCACAUAUGACACAUCUGUGGUUUGGGUCGGAGACACGAAGAGUUCUGGGUCUUCAUUAACUCGGAAUAAUAACAUUGCAGGCAAAAUGUUUUUAAUGUUUUUUUUUUUGCUCAGUCACACACAGGCCUCUGAGAAACCAUGAACUUGACCUGUUCAGGGAUGAGGGAGUUAACAGUUGAACACAGCUACAUGCAGUAAUCGUGACUCGUAACUUUACAAAUGAAAUACUGCGUCUGUGUCACUGAGGCCAAAUGUGGUUUAUCUUCAGAGCUCUCUGAAGAUUCGUCGUUGACGUUUUAAGGCACUGUGGGCGUCAUAAUGUCAAGGAAACAAAAAGCAUCUAAAUGGCAGGAAAAACCAUCUAUUAGGUACAAAACAAAAAUAUCCAAAAACAGCCAUCAAGUAUUUUCCAUAAAUGCUUAGAUAUGCUUUUCUCUGGAGUACAAAUGACCGAAGCUGCCAGACUACAGUAUAAAUCUAACUGCUGUGCAUAGUUGGCGAGACCCUCAAUAAAAGCAGUGCGUAAAGCCAAAGUCACAAAGUACACAAACCCCACAGUUUUCCUCGGAUCCCAACGUCACGCCUGAGGAUUUGCAAAGCCAGUAAGCUUAGUGGAAAAGAAGAAGCCCUCAUGACCAGUUUUUAGGAGCCACACAAACCAGAGGACGGCUGAGAGUCACAAGACUGAGACAUGUGACCAAGCAGCGAGUGUUCUCUUCUGUUGUACGAAGGUGCGUUUUAGAUUUUUAAUCUGUAAAAAAAAAAUAA